AUGCCCCGAAGGAUCGACCGACUACGGAGAUCGGGCAGAAUGUGUGUAUCCGCAAUUGCGGCGAAUAGUCAAUCGUACAUUGGUGUGAUAAAUUCGAACGGAGCAUGGAUUUAUGAUGAUGGAACACCGCUCGUUUAUCAGAAUUGGAGAACAGGUCAUCCACAAGCAAAUGCAAGUUGUGCUGUGGAAAGGGCUCAAGACUAUAAAUGGACAUCAGUCUCCUGUGAUGCUCUGCAUACGUUUAUUUGUUCGAUUCCCGAUCGAAUCAUCGCUUUCAUCAUCUGUUUCUUGACACUACCCGCUGAAAUGACCACAACAAAUGAGGCUAUCUGCAACUCCACUUGCGUCGGCGUGGGUCCGUUUACUAACGUUGUCGAAUGUUGUCUCUACAUCGGUUAUUGGACCGGCUAUCCGUAUUAUACCGGCUUUUGCUCGUUUGACGACAAAGCCUAUUGCGUUGACGGCAAU